CCCGGUGUGUGCCCUCCAGGCCCCGCACUUUGCCCCCUCUUCUCCGCUGCCGGGGGAGGGGCGGCCGGGGGAGGAUUGUAUAUGAGGAGAUGCUCUGUGCAGCCACUCAGCUCCGGGAGUAGGUGGGGGGACUGUGUGCACAUGGCCGCCGCCCCCACACACCACGGCUGUAGCGUACAGGGCUUCACCUACCGAGGAGGAGGAGGGAAUCCCCGGGACCAGCCGCCAUGGCAGCCGCAGAGGAGGCCCCGCUGGUGAGCGCAGUCACCGUCUACUCCCUGGCAGCCUGCGCCGUCCAGCUGGCUCUGGGGUAUGUGCUGGCACAGCGCCUGGGGAAGAGGUGCCCGGCCACUGACAGAUGGGUGCUGGUCUGGCUCUUCUAUGAUGCUAUUGUGCACUUCACUCUGGAGGGGCCCUUUGUGUACCUGUCCCUAGUGGGCACAGUUGCCACAUCUGAUGGAGCUUUGGCUUCUCUGUGGAAAGAAUAUGGAAAAGCAGAUGAGCGCUGGCUCCAUUCAGACCCCACAAUUGUAUCACUGGAGAUCCUCACAGUUGUUGUAGAUGGACUGUUGGCUGUAGGGCUAGCUUACGCCAUCAUAAAGGAUAAGUACUACAGGCAUUUCAUACAGAUCACUCUAUGCGUGUGUGAGUUAUAUGGAGGAUGGAUGACGUUCUGUCCAGACUGGUUAAUCGGAAGCCCAAAUCUGAACACCUCCAACUUUCUGUACAUGUGGGUUUAUUUAGUGUUCUUCAAUGGCAUAUGGGUGGUAGUUCCUGGCCUUCUACUAUGGCAGUCCUGGCGUGAGCUUAGAAAACUUCACGGUGGCAGAAGACAAAGUGGAAAAAAGUCACGAUAAGAAUAUGGGGGAAUAAUGUUCAUUCUGGUGGCAAUGAUUGACAUUCCCAAUCACUUCCGUUUUGUAAUUGAUAUAAUUUUUUUAUUUUUAUAAACAAUUUCUUUUAAUACACUUUAUUUUAUCAUUGUGUGUACUUAUAUAUCUUAGUUAUGUAUUAUUAUUUGGGAAGGAAGUGACGUUAUCAAACAGGAGGCAAUAAUACAUUUAUGCUUCUGUAUGAGACUUCAGAUUGUGCUGGUACUUCCUACUGGGAAAGAGAAAGAGAGACUCAUAACUGGUCACAUGUUUACUGCAGAGACCAUACACUGUGAAAUACUGAUAAAAAUGAAUACCUUGGGAGGGAGGAGCCAGGGAGCUGGAGACAACACCGCAAGUGACGUCACGUAGGCAGUAGAAUAUGUGAUAACAAAAACAAAAUUUUGGCAAAAAUUCCACUUAAAAAUUACAUUACAGCAGACUCCCAUUGCUUUCAAUUGGAUUCUGCUGUUCCCUGCACAACGGAAACAUCUGCUGUGGAAAUUCCGAUUAUGCACUCCGCAGAAAGAAUUGUUAAUUCUUACUGCGGAAUCCGAUCGGUAAUGCAUUGCCGUCUAUGGAGACAAUGCAUUUCUGAGCGGUCCUAGUGCUGACUUGUUCUGCUACCACCUGCCAUGGACGGAAUGUCUAGCCAUGUGAUUAGGAUGACUAUUUGUUAACUAUAACACACAAAUCAUGAAAAACAUCAUAGUAGUGACACUUUAGAUGUAAGGGCAAAAUAGUCAAUAGAAGAAUAAUAACUGAUUUAUUACCUACAGUCAUGGCCGUAAAAUAUUGGCACCCCUGAAAUUUUUCAAGAAAUUUAAGUAACACAUGUUUUGCUAUACACAUGUUUAUACCCUUUGUGUGUAUUGGAACUAAACCAAAAAAGGGAGGUAAAAAAGCAAAUUGGACAUAAUGUCACACCAAACUCCAAAAAUGGUCUGGACAAAAUUAUUGGCACUGACGAAGCGCUAAGGCGCGAUAACGGACCAUCGCCCACCGGUUGCAGUCCACCCGCACCUGUACAUCUCCUCCUCCCUGUUUUUGUAUUCAGCUUUGGAAAGAUGAAAUAAAAGACUUUGCGCGUUAUACCUGGUGUCCGAGGUGAGUGCUCCGACGACUUCUUCCUCCUUCUGCUGCUGCUGUGUUUGAACUCUUUGACAUCGUGUAGCACCACAGACACAUGUUGCAUACAGCAUAGGCUGAGUGUCACCUGCCUGCCAGCAGGAGACCUAUUGUGCGAUCUAGAGAAUCACUGACAGUGCCAGGACACCCUCCUUUACAUGAAAAUUAUUGGCACCCUUUCAAAAUUUUGGAAAAUACCAUUGUUUCAAGCAUGUGAUGCUCCUUUAAACUCACCUGGUGAAGGUAACAGAAGUGGGCAAUAUAAAAAUCACACCUGAAAGCAGAUAAAAAGGAGAGAAGUUAACUUAGUCUUUGCACUGUGUGUCCAAUGGUAAGCAUGGACUACAGAAAGAGGAGAAGAGAACUGUCUGAGGACUUGAGAACCAAAAUUGGUUACAAGUCCAUCUCCAGAGAUCUAGAUUU